CUCAUUCUUUAUAAAGCUGUAUUUUGCUUCUUUUCUUUUUUUGCCACUUUGCUUGAUAUAUUUAAUCUUUUAUUUUUGUUGUGCAAAAAAAGAGGCAGAAAGGGUAUGAAUAUUAGCGAACGCCCGCCCUCACCGUUACAGCGCACUACGAGUCUACCUCGAAGCACCAAGUGCAAAACAGCAUUACAAAACAUAGCGUGGUUCCGGAAACCUCGCUCAUACACAGCUCCAUUACCAUCCACACAACCUCAACCUCAACCUCGACAGCAUCAGUAUCAGCAGCAAUUGCAUUUGUUACCACAGCAUCAACAGAACCACAGCAAAAAUCAACGCGGUAUCAGCGAAUUCAUGACACAAUUGGAGCAGCAGCAUGACAGUAAUUCCAUCAUUGCUCCUGCAGGCAGCAAGCGCAUGCAGACAGAUGGUCGGCAAGCAACCACACAGAGGUCAUUGAGUCCAGGAGUUCCAACGCGCACACUGUCUCUGCGCAGGGUUCCGGAAGCCACGGACAUGGCGGCGGAGUUUCAAAACCAAAUUAUCAAUAUGGGUGCAGCCUCGAGCAUAUUGACAUUUCCCAGUCACGACAUGCCCAGUCCCAAUUCAGCUGGCCAUUCAGCUGGCUUAAUUGGCCAGAACCUUGGAAAAAUGGCAGUAGCUGCGGUGCCUUCUGGCAACGUAACAGACGGUAAAGCUGGUAAUUUACAUGCCACAACAGCGUUGGAAGUGCGCGCAGACCUGGUGAGCAAGCAGCAGAGACUCGUGAGCCAGAGACCCGUAAGCCCAGCAAUGAGUGAGGGAAGCACGGCAUCUGUAAAUGGUUCAGUUGGUGGUGGCGUUGGCGGUAAGGGGUUUGAGAAAGUGCUACAGAUGUUUCCUGAGGUUUUGUUGGAAAACCCAAAGCCGCCAAGAGAUUUUGUGUGCUCCCUGGAUCAUGCGGGUAUUCGGUGGUAUGGCCGGAUUUUUAUUGGCUCCUCGUGUAUGUGCUUUUCGGGCACUGGCAUCUCGCUUAGCAGUGGAACCAAGCGCAGCACCAGCAACGGCAACAAUACUGCUGGACCGCAGGGCAGCAGCAUUGGCGUUUUUGCGUGGAGGACGGCGCUGAAUAAUAACUCGCUGAUGUCACUGGCCAGCUCUCAGGGACCUGGGCAUCCAGUAUUUGGGUCUCUCCCGCGGCUGACCAAAGUGGCAGCAGUGCUGUCAGCGCAGAUUCCUAACACUCCGUUAUCAACGACAGAGUUUGACAGCUCAGCGGGAGGCUCGAAAAAGCCCUGGCGCCGGACGGCCAUCCGCAUUCAAUUUCGUGACAUUACUCGGGUCAGCAAGGAGCUCACUAUGGGGUUCUGGCCCAACGUCAUUACUGUGGGCACAACACACAGACAGUACAUUUUUACUAACUUUUUGCGCCGCGACCGGGCCCACCGCUGCCUAUCAGAGGCAUGGCAGAAGGUUAAGGACCAGAUAUCUGCGGAGACUCUUCGGCCAAAGUCACCGCCAAUUAGCUAUGCAUCGAGGCCGGCAGCAGCUGCGGGACCUUGGGUGACGCAGGGUGCUCGGCGGAGAAAACAGCCGAGAGCCCACAAUUUGUCAGACAGCACGGCCAUUAGCUCUGCCACCAGCACUGCAGCUAUUGCUCAAUGCGAGAGCGAGAUGACCAUAUGCGAAGGACCGACAGAGCUAUCACCCUCAUUAUCGCCUGAUUGUGCAAAAACAGCAUCGCAGUCGCACCAGGAUUCGACACUCGUGCUAGAAGAAAAAUCGAUGUUGCUAUCGGCAGGACAAUAUAAUAAGCAGAAUCAUUCCAACCCAAGUAACCCAUUGUGCAACAAGCAGCAACAGCAGCAGCAAAAACAAAAACAAAUCCAACCACAGAACCAAGAACAAGGGGCGUGUUUCGAAACGACUGCCGUCGCUACUCGGUCUGCGGGCAACAACAAUGUCGGUCUUGGCCCACCAUUUUUCUUUUUUGCAUCUCUUAUAGUGUUUUUCUUUUUCUCGUCCAUAUCGUUCUCAUAAAAAAUUUGGGCAGAGCCCGCCAAAGUUUUUGUUUCAUUUGUUUCAUUUUUAUUUAAUUUCGGAGAAU